AUGUCUGACGAUCACGAUUUCGCCGUAGCUUCAGCUGGUGCUGCUGAUACCUACCCAAUCCAAUGUUCCGCUUUAAGAAAAAACGGUCACGUUGUUAUUAAAGGUAGACCAUGUAAAAUUAUUGAUAUGUCUACUUCUAAAACUGGUAAGCACGGUCACGCUAAAGUCCAUUUAGUCGCUACUGAUAUCUUCACUGGUAAAAAAUUAGAAGAUUUAUCUCCAUCUACCCAUAAUAUGGAAGUUCCAAACGUUAGAAGAAACGAAUUCCAAUUAUUAGAUAUUGAUGAUGGUUACUUAUCAUUAAUGACCAGUGAUGGUGAUACCAAAGAUGAUGUCAAAUUACCAGAAAACGAUUUAGGUAACAAAAUUCAAACCGACUUCGAUGAUGGUAAAGAUCUUAUCGUUACUAUCUUAUCAUCAAUGGGUGAAGAAGCUUGUGUUGAUGCUAAACCAGCUUCAUCAUAA